AUGUCGGCCACACACGCACUGCGCGACAAGUGGUUUGUUAGCUUUCUGCCGCUGCUGACGGCGGACAUGGUAAAUACAGACUACAAGGGCAACUGGCAAUUAGCGGCACAGGAGCGAACUCAGAAGCUCGACUGGAUUACGUCGGUAGAGGAGCUCUGGUCUACAAUGAACUCGCUCCCCAAGGUGCAUCAACUAGGAAUGGGGAGCACGCUCAUAUUUGCGCGCAACAACAAAGAGCCGCCGAGCUACGAGGCGUACCCGAACGGCUCUCGUAUAAUGAUUAAUCUCCUGAAGCCGCCGACGACAGAUGCCGGUCUCGAGUUGGUGCUGGCUGUUGUGAUGGGUGAGACGGCAGCGGAGAAGGCGAGUGAUGGGAAACCCGUGUGCGAUGUGCUGCGCAUUGCUGCUCGCCCCAGCCGCGAGCACUCGGAGCAGAUUCGUGUGGAGGUGUGGCUUAGCGACUCGACCCGCUCCCAUGCCGUCGCUGAGUUUCUCGCAGAGGCAAUGAAGGAAAAAGGCUUAGCUGCCAACUCGUAUAAUAUCGCGGAGGCCAGCUUUGACGCUGCAGCUCCCAGUAAAGAUAAGAAGGUGCUGACCGCCUCCACGAUGCUGAGUCCUUCAUCGCCGCCCAUGGUGAAGGAUUAG